GGUGUCCCGGAAUUCUGGGGCUGGGGGGUGGCCUAGCAACCAAUUAAAAGAACAUUUAUCUCCACAAGGCGAGCCAGAGGCCCCUGAGACCCCACCCCUGGAGCUAGACUUGUUGGAGGAUCAGAACAGCAGGCUGAGGAACACCUCCAAACCCAGCUGGUUAAAAAUCCAAGCUCCUGAGCCCCAUCCCAGAGCCGAGAAGGCAGAACCCCUGGGGAUUGGAGCCUGGGGAUCUGCAUUUUUAACAAGUACCUCAUGUGACUCCUGGGUUCAGCAAAGUCUGAAAAUUUCUGGAUUCAAGUUUAAUUUAUUACUUAGAAUUUCUGGAGGGCAAGGAACUGGGUUGGAUCCCUUUGAGUAUGAGGUCUCUGCCCUCCAGCAUCUUGACAGUACAGUUAAUAAAAUAAGUGGGAAGUGCACGCAAAGGGUUAGUGUGCAUAAGUGGUAACAGAAUAAAGAGCAACUUGGAAAUGAAGAUGCAUGCUGGGACAUGGUGGUUUCCACACCAGGCUGAGCAUGAGCCCCUGGGGCUGCUUCUUAAAGUAUAGCUGAGCCCCAACCCACCCCACUGAAUCAGCAUCUCCAGGAAUGGGACACGGGAGUCACAUUAGUUAACAGCCACCGGUGGUUGCCAUGGUCAGCCAGACAGGGAAGAAAGGUACUGGAGGAAAGCUUCCUGGAGCAGGUGUUAGGGUUUAGUGGGGAGAGCAGAAUGGUUACUCCAGGCCUGGGGUGUCAGGGGACCUGCUCUCACAAGUCAGUAUGGCUACAGCAGGAAGGAGACAAGAAUGGAGACAAAUUGGAGACGAGAGCCUGUGGGAAGUGAGCCUUUAUUCUCCAGGCAGUAGGAGCCAUGUCAGUUUUGGAAAGGGAUGUUUUAAGAAAAUUAAUCUGUCCCUAGUAGAAUACUAUUAGGUGGCUCUCUAUAUACAACCUUGGCACUAUUGACGUGGAGGGCUGGAUAAUCCUUUGUUGUGGGGCCGUCCUGUGCAUUGAAGGAUGUUAGCAGCAUCCUUGGCCUCUACCUACUAGGUGCCAGUCGUACCACCACCCCAAAGAGUUGUGACAAUGAAAAAUGUCUCUAGACAUUGCCAAGUGUCCCCCGUGUGGGGGGCAAAAUGACCCUCUGCCCCCAUUAAGAACCGUGCAUCUAUAUGAAGUUGCCAUUUUUAUAGUUCAAAAAUGGUUGAAAGCAAUUUCAUAUGGUCCAACCUAAUAGCACCAGUCAAUAAUACUAAAUGUUCAUAAAGGCUAGCAUUUUUUGAGCUUUUGUUUCAUGCCAGGCACUGUUCCAAGCACGCCCCAUGUGACUCAUGUCACCCUCAUAAUGACCCUGUGAGAUAGGUAUGGAGAGGCUGUGCCCAGGUCACGUGGCAGAGCUUACAUUCAAACCCAGGUGUCUGGCUCCUGAAGCUGAGUUCUUAACCAUGAUGCUUAAGGGUGUCAUAUGCAUCAGCCCGAGAGAGAUCGGGGACCAGGAGAGCCUGUCACACUGCCAUUCUGGAUAUGUUGGUGCACGCUGUGAGCACGCAGACCUCCUGGCCGUGGUGGCCGCCAGUCAGAAGAAGCAGGCCAUCACCGCCUUGGUGGUGGUCUCUGUCGUGGCCCUGGCUGUCCUCAUCAUCGCAUGUGUGCUGAUACACUGCUGCCAGGUCCGAAAACACUGUGAGUGGUGCCGGGCCCUCAUCUGCCGGCACGAGAAGCCCAGUGCCCUCCUGAAGGGAAGGACUGCUUGCUGCCACUCCGAAACAGUGGUCUGAGGAGCCCACAGGAGGAGUUGGGCCCAGUGGCCCUCCGCAGCCUGAUGGAGAGAGGACUGCUUCAGGACGGCACAACGAGCGAUGCCUGGGACGUGCCGCAUGACUUCCUCCCAGCACCUGUGCAGCCUGUUUGUCUUUUGUGGGCCUUCCUUCAAAACUUUGUCAAGAACUCUGUCUGCUUGGGGUUAUUCGGUGUGACCUGGAGAAGAAAUCAGUGGACCAUGAUUUAAAGACUGGUCAAAAAAGAACUGCCAAGGUGUGGACUUCCUGUUUACCUAGAUAAGGUGUGUGCCUCGUUGGCGUCUGAGUCCAGGCAUGUGUAGUUGUCUUCUGCCAGUCAACACUGCUGGGCUGUGUUUCUUUUUAAUAGGCCCAUCUCCCCACAGCAGUAUGCGCAUGUGUCCUGCCCAGCACCGGAGAUUCCUAUAGUUACCUUUUUUUCUCAUUGGCUUAUUGGGGAAGGAGAUGGAGAAAGAUUACAUCAAGACGCCAAGUGUAAGAGGAGCUGUGUCUGUCCUCUGUCCACGAGACCCUCAACCAGCCCGACGUCUUCCACAGACACAUGAUGUCAAGGACCUUCCUAAGCCGUCACCACGCUCGGAGAUCAUUUCUUAUUUAUUAGAUGAUGAUGGUUUUAUUUUUAAUCUCGUAAGUCAAUGUAAAAAGCAUAAAACCCUUUCAUACUUCUGCAUUAACGAUGUAUGCCUCGCUGGCUGAAAAGUUACACGGAUUAGAAAUACCUGCCCUCUUUGGAACAGCUAAGGCUUGGGAAGAGCCACCCAGGGAGGUGCAGAGAUGGAAGCAGAGGAUGAAUUGCUGAUGGGAGCAAAAAUCGGGGUUCAGAGGUCAUGCCAUUUAAGACAUAAAGCAGAUAAAAGCCCCUGGAUACAUUCCGAUAGAAGAGUUAGCAAAUCCGGCAGCGGAUUUGUCACCUCUGUCGGGGGAGAGAGGACAAGAGUGCCUGUGUGUGCAUCUACAUGGGAUCAGCACAAUCUUACUAGACUGCUCUGUGAUUAAACUAUUAACUUCCUAGAGAGCCCUCCAAGAGGAUGUUUAGAAAUAGAGCAUUCCAGAGAGCCACGGCAUUUGGGGCCACAUCCAUGAAAGGGGGACCAGCCGUUUCUUUUCCAUGGUGUUGCUUGGUUGAUUUGUUUAUUUCCAAAAGGAGAAACUUAACUUUCCUAUUUAUUUUCAAGCAUUAGGAGAAAUAUUCCAGUGAUUUUUUUUUUCUUUUCCACUCAGGAUGCUGGUUUUAUUAACAAACACUCUAACAAGCCAACUCCACCUUGUGGGUCUCACUUUAUCCUCAGAGAGAGGGAGCAAUUGUUCUCCUGGGCAUCUGGAUCCGUUCUGACCCAUUGGGCCAGCCUGUGGGAAGCACUGGUUGCCUCCAGCUGAACAGUGGGGAGCUCAUCCCUAGGAAUUUUCAUUAAACUUUGGAAACAGAAUAACAGUGAAAUACUAUAUAAACCUCUUAUGUGAGGGACCUCCAUUCACUAACGUUUGAAAAAUGAAAGCUCUCUACCUGUUAAUUCUUCAGUGCAUCUAGCUCCUCACGUUGUGAAAGGGACCUUUAAAAUAUGUCAAGUUGGCUUGAAAUUUCUAUCAGGUAAUUUUGUCCUCCCCUAACCCUUCUUUCCCAGUCUAUUUCAAUGAAUUUUCUCUUUAUUUCUUACAGCUGAGACAAUGAUAUGGCCUGAGUCUUCACUCUGGCACCUUUAUUGAAUGAGGCUCACCCCAAGCACCAAAAGCAGAAAUGGUAUCUGUUCUCCAGCUCCCGGGUUUUAGUUAUAAAAGAAGAUAGGUUUAAGUGUGCAUUCCUUGGGCCAGACCUACAGCAGCAGCAAGGUGGGCUGAGGCUUGACUGCAGCAUUUUGCUCAGAGACCAAUGCAGUUGACAUUGGUGUAUAGACACCCAUUUACACUCACUUUUUUCAUCAGACUCUCCUGAGAGUCUGAGAUUCUGGUUUAGAGAGACUGUUGAAAGUGGAGUGGCCUCACUUGUUUUUAACUUGAGAUCACAUCUUUACGUUAGGACAAUCUUUCCUCAGUCUUCUAGAGGCUAUUUGAGGCCUGACUGCCUUUAAAGAGGAUGAACUGAUGUGAAAAUAUUUCGUGGGGCUUUCUCCACCCAGUGGAUGGCAGGAUCGGUGUCCAGUCUGGGCAUCCGAGAGCCCAUGCAGAGGUGUGAGAAGAGGAGGAUGGAAGCAGAGGGAACCUUCUUGGUUCCCUGUGGGGACUUCAGAUUUAUUGUCUGUGAGUGCUCUGGUCCUCAGGUCCUCAAGUUACAGUUGCCGGUGCCCCCUUCCUUGUGCCUGUACAACCAUGUAGUGACUGGUCUCGAAUGCGUGCCUCCCUAAAGGGCCUCUCGAGUCAGUCCUCUGUAAACCAGCAGGUCUGAAAAGAGUCGGAAGCAGAGGCUGGGGUCAAGGCAGGCCUGGGUGGACCUUUGUCCAUGUCCCAGGAUAUGACAGCCUUGCUUCUUUGGUGAUUUCUCUUUUAGAAAUCAAGUGGCCAACAAGCCUUGGAUUCCUGUGCCAUUUCAUGGCAUUGGUACUUCCUGGGUUAGCUGUAAAAAUGCCCCCUUUUCAGGUUAAAGAUGCAUCUUCUCAUGCAUCUCUGCAGGUUCCCUGUGUUUCCUUGCUUUGUUAGAAAGCUAAGUGUUCAUUACAAUGGGGGAAUCAUUCACGAGACCUGACCUGGUGAGCAGUCGCACACCUGGGAGUGGAGAACUCAGCUGUUUCCAGUCUGUCUCAGAGACGUGAAAAGCUCCCAUUUUAAAAAAAUUAAUAAAUUUAAAAAGCGAGGGAGGGGGUGCUUCCAGAUCUUUUAUGGAGCCUGGAUUCUCCCACUGCUCUAUAGGCUGUGACUUCCUGAAGCAUACCGGGAGGAGACAUUUUCUUCUGGAUGGAAAGAUAUAUAGCCACCAAUCCUGAUCUGGAAGACAUGUCUAGACACACGGGGAGCCAAGCAAGAUGUGAGCUUGCCAUUGUGUUCCAGCAGAGGAGGUGGGCAGAGUGUCCCCAGACUCUAUUUUCCUACAGAAGGAGAAGGAAGUGGUCCUAGAGCUCCUUGGGAGACUGUUCUCUGCAGGUGGAGAAAAGCAUCUGGCAUCUUCACCCAGGGUUGCCAGGGCCAGGUUGUCUCAGUGCACGUGGGCCACUGGUUGCUUUUCCAGGCAAUUUUGGCAGGAAUGGAUCAACGAGGCUCCAACACUACUCAGGAGAUCCCAACCCCUUUGUAGGGUAUGGGCUCUGAUUUCUCCCAACCUGCUCAGCCAAGGAGGGGAGCACGAUUCAAAAGCCCAGGAACAAAGGGGCAUCAGAGAAACACACGAACACAUACAUUUGUUCUUAUGUUCUAAUGUAAGACCUGUUCUCUCUACUCAUUGAUUUUAUCAGGCUUUCUGAAAGAUCUAGUGGUAAACACAACACAGAGAAUGCUGAAAAGCAGCCCCUCUUCCAAGUGUAAUAACUUACUGAAGUGUUCAACUUUUCAUUAUCUUUAUUAUAACAAACCUGAUGCUUUUUUUUUUAGAACUUGUUACUCUGACUUCUGUAUAUGUUGCACUGAAAAGGUUAAUAUUUAAUGUUUUAAUUUAUUUUGUGUGGUAAGUUAAUUUUGAUUUCUGUAAUGUGUUAAUGUGAUUAGCAGUUCUUUUCCUUAAUAUCUGAAUUAUACUUAUUUAAAGAGUAGUGAGCAAUAUAAAAUGCAGUUGCAUUUUUCAGUAAUGUGCAUUGUUGUUCAGUUGUACUGUACCUUGUUUGGAAGGAUGAAGGAAUGAACUCUUUUUUGUUUUUUCCUAAA